AUGUCCGAUGGCCAUGGUGAGAAUGAGCCAUCAUGUGUUUCUGCAAUAGGGGAAGAAAACAGCUAUGCCGUCGACGGUGUCGAAAAUAACACCGCGCAACAGACCGAUAUUGGUGUCCCUGGCACGACCGCUGUCGCGUCGCGACCCCGGAGGAAGAGGGGCCGUCAUCCAAAGGAUCCACUGGGUCAAACAGUCCGGUUCCAGUGCUCAAGGCUAGAAGAUCUCGAGGCCAACUUGAGAGAAUACCUAGCAAACCCCGUUCACCCUGCUGAGCACACCACCUUGGAGUUCAGCUUUCCAGUUACCGCAGCCUUUCUGAUACCGGCUCGAGAGGCGCUCGGAACCGCUGACCCAGGCGACAAAAUGACACCUUUUACCUACUCGCUGUUUAAGAAGUCUGCAGUUUCGGUGGUUGAUGCUUUGCAUAACAUCCCUGAUCCGAAGGAGCAAAUGAUCACCCAGAAGAGAAUCUCCAAGUCCCUGGUGGAGGCCAUUUCAGAAAUUGACGGCUUCCGCUACAGCUUCCAUAACAAUUGGCUGUCAAAUGCCGAUCAGGCGAACAGAUUCUCCUACUAUUGCAACGAUUCCAUACUGAACAAAGGAAGAGCUGCAAACGAGGGCCUCGCUAAGAUCCGUGGUGGCGUGAAGAGUCGAAAGCCGGUAUACGAGUGUGAAGGCGGGAUUUGGAUCAAAUUCUCGCUAACCAAAAACAACCUCCAACUCGACUACAAACAUAUUCCCAUCCAUCCCACUUUCGAAGAGACAGCACCCCUUCCGAGAAACGGGAGUAAGCGCAGGAAACUUUGGGAGAUUUUCCAUCCCGAAAAACUUCCUCAGAACAGGGGCCGUUUCGCGAAAGACAAGUCUAACCCGCAGGAGAAGGCUCGGAAGAGGAAGUCCACAGAUGAUCCGAAGACGCCAGGAAGACGCAAAAGAAGGGCCACCGAGCCAGCAAGUCAAUGCAAUGAUUUAUCCACACCCCAGAGUACCCAGCACCGAGAGAACAGUUUACAGCCCCUGUUCGACUUUCUUGGAUCGGCGGAUCGGCUUGAAGAUGCUGACGGUGCGGUCCCUGAAACAGAAAGCCUCGUCGACUGCAAUGGAGGCUCAGCACCACCGGCUCUUGGAGCAGACGCCGAAGACGUCCCAGAAAUUGAAAGUACCGCACCUUCGGGUAACAAGGACAAGACACACCCGGGUACCAUGAGCGGUUCUAUGACUAACGAGGACUUGACGCGAGGCAAGAAGACCAGGCCCAAGAAAAAGGGCUCAAAACGCUCCACGGAGCAGCCUCCUGGGGAAUCUGCUACUGCUCCCAUACCUCCAACAGCUGUGACAUCACAGCCAGCUCCAGCAGCAAUGCAGCAAGCCAAUGGCCCGGCACCUGCAUCGGCAAGUUCGGACGAAAUUGAUGCCUUGAGACGGAGAUUGCUCGAGGCCGAGGAGAAGAUCCGCCAACUCGAAGGCCAAAAACAACAAGAACCACAGCCUCCACAGCCUCCACAGCCUGCUCAACCUGUCACCAUAAUGCAACAGCCUCCUCUGCCACCUCCAGCCCCUCAGGCUCAGUAUGCGCCACCACAGUACUCAAAUCACGCAGCUCCCGCCCCUCCGGGUCAAUGGCAGUAUCCUCCAUAUCCCCCCUACCAGUAUCCUGCUCCCGGGUCUUCCCACCCUCCACUUUCGCCUCCUCCAGUCCCUGCAGCAACACUACCACAGCCUUAUUAUCAAGCGAAACAAAAUCUGCCUCUUCCUGUGCAGCCGAACCCAUCGCCUUCGUAUGGCUUUGUCCCGAACCCUGCCGAGCUUUUUGCAACGAAUAUUAGGCCGCAAUUAGUGCCGAGUCCAUCUCAGAGCGUACCCGGUCCUGCGCCUCCGACAUUACAUCGUCAGCACAACAACGCGGCACCACCUUUGCCAGCACAGAGUCCUGCUCCAUCUCAAUCACAAGGCCAAUCCCACCCCUCGAGCUCAGCUCAAUCUCAACCGCAAACCCCCGUCGCAGGGACCAACCGACCAAUAGCUCCGUAUCCGCAUACUGCCGUGGAACAACAGGGGGUUCAAGCUCGGCCACCGAGCGAGGCUCAGCCGCAAGCCCCAAAAGCUUAG